ACAAACCCUCGUGUGCUUUCUUUAUAAACCGCCUUUCCCCGUCACUCUCUCAUACUCACUACAAACAAUUCCAUCGCAAUUAAAUUUUUUUUUUGUAUGAUUCAUAAUUCAGAUUCUUUGAUCACACUCAAUUACUGAUCAGAGGAUUUGUCUUCAUGAGAGCUGAGCUUUUGGAAUCUAGAUUCAGUUGAAGGGUUUUUCCCCUCCAACGAACCUGAAUCUAUGAAUCGGAAAUCUCAAGUUCUUAAUUAGACCGAGUCGUAAAACAUAGAUUAAUUUUUAGGUUUGAGUUUGAUAAAUUAGAACUUAAUGGAUCAUCAUUAUCCUCUCGAAGAAGUUCGCGUUGAUCUAGAGAGUGUUAACCUUGUAAUUAACCCCAACGAAGACAAAGGACUCACUCCUGUUUCAGAAUCCGUCUUCACCAAAUUAGGCGUCGAUCCAUUAACAGUCAAUGUCGGUUCUCCGGAGAACAGUUUUGUCGUAUUGAUGGACGGGAAACUGGCCGGAGGGAAGGCCGCCGGCGAUUUUACAGGAAAAGAGAAACGAAAAAAAAGUCCAAGUGCAAAAAAACCACCAAAACCUCCACGACAACAUAGCAGUUUCUCCCUUGAUUCUGCAGAUCAGAAGCUAAUUAAGGAGCUUACUGAACUCGCCAUGAUCAAACGAGCAAGAAUUGAGCGGAUGAAAGCACUCAUGCAAAAGAAAGCUUCAAAAGCUUCAUCAUCAUCAAAUCCCAGUUUAUUCGCCAUGCUUUUCACCAUUAUCUUCUUCCUUGUGCUCCUUUUCCAAGGAAUGUCAUGCCAAAAUUCUCAUGGAACAUUGAAAGGUUCUCCUCAAAUGUCUCAGAGCUUGAUAUCUAUUAAACUGCAGUUAAAUCCAUCGGCAUAUGCUCAUGAUUCCAUCUAAUUCCAUAUGAAAUUUUGAAACAUUUUAAAAACGUUCGAGUUCAGAAGGAAAACUGAAGGAAAACCGAUGCUUGCAAAAUAUAUAUAUUGUGGCACUUGUAUAUUAAGUGAGAAUUUAAAGUUUUCUUUGUUUAGGCAUCCACGAAUACUAUUAAGGUUGCAAUUUCUGCAAUCUAUAUGAUAGAAUACAAUAUUUUUAGGUUUUAUACUCUAUGUCAUGAUGAUAUUAUACAACUAUUGUAUUCCUGGAAAUUAUUAAACUUUGUAAUACAUUUUGUUAAACUCAAUAUCAAUCAUGGUUUGGUUUUUA